GCAUAGGAAUGAAGUAAAGAUGGAAAUUAAAAUUGCCAAACGAGUAACCAUAAUAUGCAUAUUAUGCAUAAUCCACAUAAUGAUAAUCAAUCUUGAUAGUUCUCAAUCUAGCUGUAAUUUAGUAUCUCCUGGGAACAGUCCCUUUUUUCAGGGGUGAUAGAAAUCAUAAUUAUGGGAUUCAUAAUCAUCACAAUCUCUUCCAAGAUCCACAUAUAUAAAUGUUAUCAUAAUAGGUGUUUUGUUUUCUUAUUCAGAGUUAUGGAUGCUUACUGAUUGGUACAGCUACUCCCCAGCCUGGGAGAUAGGUGAAGGAGGGAGGAAGGGAGGAGAGACUGCGACGGAUUGACUGUCAUGGGUUGGGCACCAUACUAGACUUCUUACAUAACGUAUGCCGUAGAGCUUUCAAAUGCCUUGACAGAUAUUAUGGUCUCUACUUACAAGUGGAAAAACAGGCUCAGAAAGCCUCAUAUAUGCAGUUAUGAUGAAUGGUGGACCUGAGAUUCAAAUAGUCUGAUUCCAAAUCUCCUUCUCUUACCACGAUCCCAUAGGGAAUUAUAGGCAGGGUAGGGAUAGGGAUGAAACUUGGGAGUUUCUGGGCCUUCUGUGAUAUGGGUCAGAAGAUGCCAGUCUGAAGGAGUCUUCAGAAUUUGAGAGGCAAGGCGGUAGAGCUGCUUGAGGGGACUUGCUUGUUGCCCUGCCCCUUUACUGGUGGGAUUCAUUUCUUGUUGCUCUCUGUGGUUCUUCGCUGCCCUCAGGAGAGAAAGAGGCGUCUUGCUCCCUAAAUGAGGAAGGGAAGGCAUGGCAAGUUCCGGUGUUAUGUCUCUGGAUGCUUGUUGAAUAACCUAUCAAGCCAGACCAGGACCUCAGACUUCCGACUCUGUUAUCAUAGCACCAACUCUUUGCUGAUUCCGGGUCUCAUAAUUUCCAGAAUGCUUAGCUCUGCAGCAUGCUGACUCACUCCUGAAGAGGGACUCUGCUGUUUGCUCCUCGAGGUGCCAAAUGACAUUCCCAGAGGCAUCUUUUUUAUCUUGCCAGGCCUUUGUUGUUGUUUACCUAGGAUUACUUUCUAUGUAUAGAAUCUUUAGAGGGACACACCCUGAAUGACGUGGCCUUGAGUGUGCUUCAAGAGAAAGGUGGAGGCUUGGGUGCUGCGUGGUGAUUCUACCCCUGAGGCCAGUGACCUGUCUCCUGGUAGUUCUAGCCCCUUCCUGACCCUCAUGCUCUCAGUGAAAGAUUGCUAGUUCUGGAAGCUUUUUCUCAAAAAGCAGAAGGUAGAAAAAGGAUUAAGAUGAGAUCCAGGAAGGUGAGCAAACAAAGAAAAUGAUCCAGGAUUCUAUGAUCUGAUUCUCAAUUCAAGAAGGGAGCUGAACUUUGCAGUAUGCCAACAGAAAGCCAGAAGUGGUUGAGAAGAAAGAAAAUAAGGAAUGAUAACCACAAAUGAGGCGAUAAUAUUGUUUUAAUUGGAGCCUUACCUGAGGAGAUUUGGCACUGUUAGAUAAUAACUCCAUUCUUGGGAAUUAUUCUCAGUGGUGCUCUGUGCAUUCUCUGAGGGCCAAGCAAAGGAGUGGACAGCUGUGUGGCCUGGGAGAUGAGAGGGGCAUGGCACGAAUACUACUGGAAUGCAGUCUCAGUGACAAGCUGUGUGUUGUCCGGGAGCAGCAGUACGAGAUUAUCAUCAUCCCAACCAUCCUGGUUGGCAUCUUCCUUAUCCUUCUUGCCGUCAUCCUGUGGCUUUUUAUCAGAGGUCAAAGAGCUCAGCAACAGUCUCCUGGACUCCGAGGCAUUGGCCCUGUGCCUCCAUCUAGGGGCCUAAGCUGGGAGGCGGCAGGGCAUGGAGGAAGUGUGUUUGUGCCACUUAAAGAGACCUCCGUGGAGAGCCUCCUACGGACUACCACUCAUGCUCUGGCUAAGCUGCAGGUGCCCCGGGAGCAACUCUCUGAAGUUCUGGAGCAGAUCCACAAUGGUAGUUGUGGAACCAUCUACCGAACCAAGAUGUACACGGGGGACCCUGCUAAGCCAAAGAGUGUUGUCCUCAAGGCUUUGGAAGAACCGACUGGGCUCCAGGAGGUACAGGAUUUCUUAGGGCGGGUCCAAUUCUAUCAGUACCUGGGGAAGCACAGGAACCUGGUGCAGCUGGAAGGCUGCUGCACGGAGAAGCUGCCGCUCUAUAUGGUGCUGGAGGAUGUGGCCCAAGGGGACCUGCUCAGCUUUCUCUGGACCUGUCGGCGGGAUGUAAUGACCAUGGAUGGCCUUCUCUAUGAUCUCACAGAAAAACAAGUCUAUCACAUUGGGAGGCAGGUCCUCUUGGCUUUGGAAUUUCUCCAGGAUAAGCAUCUGUUCCAUGGGGAUGUAGCAGCUAGGAAUAUCCUGAUCCAAAGUGAUCUUACUGCCAAGCUCUGUGGACUGGGCCUGGCUUAUGAAGUCCAUGCCCGAGGGGCCAUCCCAGCUACUCACUCUGUACCUCUCAAGUGGCUUGCCCCAGAACGGCUUCUGCUGAGACCAGCUGGCAUCAGAGGAGAUGUCUGGUCCUUUGGGAUCCUGCUUUAUGAGAUGGUGACUCUAGGGGCACCACCAUAUCCUGAAGUCCCUCCUACGAGCAUCUUACAAUAUCUCCAAAGAAGGAAGAUCAUGAAGAGACCCAGUAGUUGCACACAUACCAUGUAUGGUCUUAUGAAGUCUUGCUGGCGUUGGAAUGAGGAGAGCCGCCCCUCACUGAGAGAGCUGCACUCACGCGUAGAAAUCGCCACUCGAACCGCAGAUGACAAAGCUGUGUUGCAAGUACCUGAGUUAGUGGUGCCUGAACUGUAUGCAGCUGUGGCGGGAAUCAGUGUGGACAGCCUCUCCUACAGCUACAGCAUCCUCUAAAGAUCCUGGGGAAAGAAACAUUUAUGGGUGAUCACAUGCUGUUGGGAUGGAUUCAUCCAAGAAUGGAGAAUAGCUUUCUAGUGGGACAUAAAGGGAGAAAUAAGAUAUUCCCCUACACAUUUCCCUAGAUACCUGAAAUGAUGCUAGAUGAGGCUCUACACUCCAUUUUCCCUGGAGACUGAGAAGGAGAGUUUCAUUUCUGCUGUCCCAACCCUGGAGUCCCAACCCUGGAGACCCAUGGUAGAUGAGGUGGAUGGUCCCAUUACAAAGCAAGUCUUAGAGAUCUACAAUGUUUGUCUGGCAAUUGCACAAAUAAGCUGGUCCUCCCACCACAGGCGGACGUCCACCUGAAGCAUGCUUUUAUCUAGAUUAUUUUAGGGUCCAGAGAAGUUGGAGUCAACUUAGGGAAUAGAGAGUCAAUAAAGAAGAUGAUGAAAAAGAAAAUCAAAGGUUCUCUUUGUUCAAGAGUACAGACAUGGACCAGGGUCAUCCUUCAAACAGAGGGUGGAGGAAGGAGAUGAAGUUCCUCAGCCCUGGUCUGUUCAUGUAGGACUGGAGGAGGACCACGAAGGAAAACUUCCAAGUUUCUUUGUGGGUAUAGAUAAGGGAGAGAUGGCUUCUUUUGAUCUACGAGACAAGUGAACUCUGCUGGGACUACUUUUAACUAGAAGCUGGAGGGGUCCUUUCAUGAUUAACAACAUUCAUCAGUUAUUGUUCAUCAGACUUGCUUCCUGGUCCCCAUAAAACUAGGGAAACUGAGCCAAGAGAGUCCAUUAGGCUGUUAGGAAUACACAGUUGACCCUUGAACAACAUAGGUUUAAACUAUGUGGGUCCACUUAUACAUGGAGUUUUUUUCUUGAUAAAAA